AUGAUUGAGACGACCCAGACCAUCCCAUCGGCUCGGCGAAAUAGUCAAGCUCAUCGCGCCUCUGUCGACGCCACAAAGCUGCCCACGCUUGGAGGCAGCCGCCGUGGUAGUGCCCGCAUCAGCUCUCGCUUGGACUCACAAACCUCUUCCAACAACACGACCAUUCCAGAACCGUUUUCCGUCUCUGAGCGUCGCUUGUCCUACCGCGAGCAACAAAUGGUGGACGACGCCCGACGGGCACGACGUCGGCGAGAGCAGACAGACGAACUCUGGCGCAUGUCUGUGCGUCUGGAGCGUGAGCUGCAGCAGGCGCGCGAAGAGCGUGAGCGUCGCCGCGAGACGGCGGUUUUUCGACGCGUGAGUCAGCAAGCCGAGCUGGAGCGUCAUAAUGAAUUUGAGGCCGUUCAGUCCGCCAUUCAGCAGCGCCGACGCGAUUCGUUGCGCCGAAGAACCGAGGCAGCGCAAGCUCGCCGUGAAGAGGAGGAGCGUCUUCGUUCCGAGCGCCAUGCGCAUGAAGCAGAGUUGCAGGCAGUCAUGGAGCAGCAAGAGGCAGAGGAGAAGGCUCGUGUGCGUGAAAAUAAACGCAAGGCACAGCUUGAGGCCGAGGAACGCGCGGCCAAGGAAGCUGAGCGCAGAAAGGCACACGACGAACGACUCGCACAGGAACGGGAAGCUGCCCGCCUCGAUAUUGAGCGAGCCAAGGCCCGGCGUGCGCGUGAGGCGCGCCGCCUGGCUGCCCAGCAGAAAGAAGCCAAGUACGAAGCCGCACGAAACAAAGAAGCCCGUCGUCAGGAACUAGCCGAGAAGGCUCGCCAGCGCCGUCAAGAAGACCGUGCCAUUCGAGCCCAGAACAAGGAUCUUUUGGCUGAAACAGAGCGGGCGGAGGAAGAGGAGCGUCGUCGUCGCCAGGAACUGGCAGCUAAAGACCGACGAGAGCGCUUGGCAGCGCAGAAACGCAUUGAGGCUGAAAAGCAACAAAAGAUGGAGUUUGAACGCCAGCGUCAACAAGAGGCCGCUGAGGCUCGACGCGCAGAGGAGGCGCGACGCCGGGCGGAAGAGAAGCAGCGCAAGGUCGAGCGCGCCCAGGAACAGGCACGCAAGGAACAACUUCGCAAAGCCUACCUCGCCAAGCAGCAAGAGCUCGCACGACAGCAGCGAGAGCAGGAAGAGCGUCAGCGACGUGAGGCGGAGCUGCGUCGCAAGAAGAUGGAUGAACGUGAACGACAGGCAGCAGAGGACGAAGCCGAACGCAAACUGGCCGAAGCCAAGGCCGCCCUGCAGCGUAAAAUUCGAUGGCUACAAAAAUACGGCUAG